UGAGAGAAGCACGGUUCAUUCACUGUCAGACGCGCUCCGCUCCGCGCUUCAGGACCUGCUGAAGUUUCACCAGACACAUUCUUUCAUGAGGACAUAACGUGGAUGGUGCGUCAAAUGGACUAGUCUGGAUAAACGUGGACUCUUUGUUUAUACUAACACGUUUUGGGGUCUAGGAACAUUUGGAUUUAGAUUUGUAUUAUUUAAACACAAUUCUGAAAAGAUGCAAUAAAAGGAUGAAGGAUCGCUUCAUUCAUGGUCAUUUGUGGGCUUUGGGUUUUGUAUUUUAAUGGAUUAAAAGCGACAAGAAGUCAUUAGAGUCGAUUUUAGGACUCGGUUUUCUGUUUGACUGGUGAAGAGUUUAUCCUUUGGGAGAUUUGUCUGUGGAAAGGCAUGUUCCCCGGCUCCCCGCCGGUGGGAGCAUCUCUGCGGCUCCGGUCGGGACGGUUUCGACUGCGCUGGGACACUUUUGGACCACAGGGGAGAUGAGAACCGCGCUGAUCCACUUUCUCUUCUGCUGCUUCUCUCUGCUUUCAGCAGCCGCUGAGGAAGCACCAAUUCCCCGAGAGCUGAUUGAGAGACUCUCUAACAGUGAGAUCCACAGCAUCAGCGACCUCCAGAGGAUCCUGGAAAUGGACUUCCUAGAGAAUGAAGUGCUGGAUGACGUUAAACAAGGCCACCAUAAGGAGCAUCUGUACGACAGCAGAUACCUCAAGAACUUGCACUCCAGACGCAAGAGAAGCAUUGAGGAGGCAGUGCCAGCUGUCUGUAAGACCCGCACGGUGAUCUAUGAGAUCCCACGCAGUCAGGUGGAUCCAACGGCCGCCAACUUUCUGAUCUGGCCUCCGUGUGUGGAGGUGAAGCGAUGCUCAGGCUGCUGCAACACCAGCAACAUGCGCUGCCACCCAUCCAAAAAACACCACAGGAACGUGAAGGUGGCCAAGGUGGAGUAUGUUCGAAGGAGGCCGAAGCUGCGGGAGGUGCAGGUGCAGCUGGAGGAUCAUCUGGAGUGUGUUUGCACAUCCAGACAUCACUCAGAGUCCCACAUACACACAGCAGAUAUAAGGUGAGCGUGGCACCAGAUAAAAGAAGGCAGAGGAGGGCAUCAGAUAUCAGACUGAACCACAGCCAUUCUCUGAUACCAUCUGAAGACACUCUUCAACAGCGAGCCAAUCAGGGCGCAGCUCUUGGAUCACUCUCGACUUUUCAUGCACCUUUAAAAGGGACCUAAACUUGUGGUUUUAAAUAAAAACCCAGAGGGAUUGAACAAUAGACUGCAACGACAGCCUGAAAAAAAAGGAACUCAGACUUCUGACUCCACCGCCUUUUAAAAGAGGAUCAAUCAUGACUUUAUCUAUCGAAAUGUAUUUUUCUCCAGCAAAUAUCUGUAUCAUAUUAUUUUUGUAACUGGCCAUUUUCUAUCAACACUGAUUGUCUCUUAUAUAGAUAUGCCAUAGAAUGGAUGAAUACAGCAAAACACAACCUACAGUAACUCUUAUACUUAUAAAGCGAAUACAUUUUAUUGUGUUUGUUUCUCUAAGAUGAGGUUGUGUGUGUUCAUGACGUUGUGUCCUAACUUGGUGUAUCGUGAGAAAUCUUAUCUGUGGCUGGUCUGGAUUUCUUCUUCUAACCAAAAUAAACCACAUGAAGAAGAUUUGAUCUAUUUAAAGGUCUAGUUCAGAUAAAAAUGAAAAUUCUGUCA